UGUCGAGUAGAUGGCUAAACGUCAGUGUCGUUUAAUGGAGCUAAGGGUUAAACCACAACUGACACAACCGUCGACAGGUAGAAAUUAUUGUGUACAGUGGUUGUUUUGAAGCCUGGGCGGAGUGAGGUUGACACCGGCGACCGGUUGAUUUACCGAGGUGGACGUGACGCCAAAUUUAAAGUAACAGGCAGCCGGAGGGGGGGAAGCCCUAAGUGGAGCGGUAAGCUAACAAGCUAACACGCGGCCGGGGAAACGUCUGUGAAUCCGGUCCUUCAGCCCUCAUCUGAUCACGAAACCCCGUUAAAUCGAGCUCCCCGCAGGCCGGCCGGUGCAGGCGCCACCCUCCGUCCCAUGCCCUCGGCGUGGAUGGGAGAUAGUUAGCCGGUGGAGCCGAAGAGGUAACCAGCCAACAGUCCUGUUAAACAUGGAGGAUGAGGAGGUUGCAGAGAGCUGGGAAGAGGCAGCGGACAGCGGGGAAAUAGAGAGAAGGCUUGAAGCUAAGCUGAAGAUAAAUAAGGAGGCAAAGAAGUCCAGCCUUGGUUCAGGUGGUUCACCUGUGCAAACUGCUAUAGUAAUCCAGGAUGACUCUCUGCCUGCAGCGCCCCCACCACAAAUCAGAAUUUUAAAGCGCCCCACAAACAACGGUACCACGGGAAACCCAGCCUCCUCGUCUCGCCCCUCUCAGCAGAUGAAGUCUCUGGCCCAAAGGGAGGCAGAGUAUGCAGAGGCCAGGAGGAGGAUUUUGGGUAGUGCUUCUUCAGAUGAAACACCUCAGGACAAUCCAUGCCAGGACAGGCCAGCUCGUCUGAGCACGCAGCAACCAUCAGAACCAGUUCGUCCAAACAAUCAUGUGAUCCGGCAGCCCACCGGCCCAGAUGGCACCUCAGGCUUUCGACUCUGCAGAUAAACGUGAGCUGCCCGCCGCAAGGAAACAGCUGUCUCCCUGUGAGGCCAUGAAGGGUGGCAGUUAAAAGGGGUUGUGUGUGGUUUGAGGAGCAGAGUGGUGGGAUGACCUAAAUAUUUGACAGACAUUAGAAACACAAAGACGUAACAUGGAUUGUGACGAACUUCUCCACCCUCUCUCUCUCUACUCUGCUUACUGGCAUGGUCUUUGCCUCUCGCCUUGUCUUUCCCCUCUGUGGAACAUCGCAAGGGGCUGGCAGAGAUCAGCCAGAGAUCUGAAACCCCCUCUGUUCCACACUGUGAACAGGCUUUUGCCUCACAUCCCUACACACUGUGAUACUUUGAUGUACCAUGAGGUGCCCUACGAUUUUAAGUCUUGAUUGGCCGGCCGAGCACCAGGGCAUCAGGUGUCUGUCUCUUCAGGGAGAAUAAAGAGAGCUUGUGAAUCUGGGGGAAUUCCCCCCGGAGACACGCAAACGAACGAGCUGGCCUUUCCACUGACGGACCGUGGAUUAUGGGCUGGGUGUCCACCGGGAAGCUGGCCUCAGUCUGUUGGGUUCAGUGGAAAUUAAGUGCUUGACAGUGCCGAGAGUUUUACUGUGUGUUCAGCAGCUUGAGCUGCGAGGUGAUAGAAAGUCAUACUGAUUCAGCCUUUCAGUAAAAGUGCCGUGUGCUCAAAUGUGUGUUUUGACACCGUAGUGGCCCAGACCAGCACUUUCCACAGUCCACAGGCCUCUGUUUAGUACUGGUGGCUAUUGAAGAAAUGCCCGGUGGGCACACAGCCUGUGGCCAAAGAUUAAAGAUCGGUAGGACAGAGUGUCACUAAAUCUAAGAUUAUUCAGGCAAUAAAUAAUGAAAUUACUCCCUGGAUUUUUUUGUUUGUUUAUCAUUUGUUUUUACGUCGUGACUAAUUACUUGUGCUGUGUUUUCUUUUAAACAGUUUACAUUGUUUUUUCAUUUUUGUGUUUUUUUUUCUUUUUCUGAGACAUAGUGUGUUUAAGCCAGGAGAUCAGUAGUGACAGAAUAGAUGAUGUAGCCUGCAUAGGAAGCUUUACAGGUAGUUUCUUAUUAAAGUUCAUCAAAUCUGAAGAAGUCGGACCUAUCCAUGAAUUGAAAAUCUGAAGUAAUGAUGCCUCAGUGUCUCUGUUUGUGUUGUCUCGCUGCUUCUUAUCAGCAUAGCUAAGUUGGAACUUCUCUUACAGCCAACUGCAACUUAUCUGUUUAUGCACCAUUGCAGUCUGUGGAUUGACUGUGUGCUAUUUAAAAUGAUGUUUGUUAAUUAUUCAGAAAUAACAGUUUCAUGUCCAGUGUGAAGGAGGACAUGCUUCCUGUUGGCAAAUAUUCUGUCAGGGUAAACUGAACUACAAAAAUGAUAUAAAAAAUAAUAAUGGAAAUCUCAUCUUUUAAUCAGUGUUCAGAUUCCACUGCCUGGUUGUGAUAAAUGUCUUCUGUGGUGUGUUUUAUCUUUUUUACACCAGGGUUUUUACAACAUUAUCUGCUUGUUUGCAACCAAUUGAAAAUAAAAGUUUGCAAACCAUGAAAUCAAUAAUGUAAUCAAAUACUGAUGAGUCACGAGUACAUCAUCUGGUACUGGUAUAUUGAGAGGUUCACAAUAACAUUAACCUGCAGCAAGUUUUGAACCUUUUGACACUUUGCCUUAAAUAAUAAGUAUCUCUGUUUCACAUUCCAAUGAGUGGUGCCGGUUAAUCUUGCUUUUUGUACAUGUGUCAGGUUAAUUAUUAUUGCAUAAAUCCAAUGUAAUUGAGGCACUAAGCUCUACAAAACCACACCACAUCAGUAAAUGUGCAGUAGAGUGUUCCAUGGCUGUGCUUUCACUAUAAUUCCUCCAAAUAAUUUCAGGUAAACUGGCAAUAUUCACAGUAAAGAGUUAUUAUUAUAGUAUAAUUAACAGUAAAUUAAUCAUCUUGCAGUGAGUAAAUGUGCCAUAGAGUAAGCUUAUCAGUAUGGUUAAAACUGCUGUGCUUGUUCCACCUGUUCCACCUCACUACCUGAUAAAAAGUAAAAAACUUAAAGUCAGAGGAGUUUGUUGUUUGCUAAUGGAAAGUCAUUGAAAUCUAUUCAUGCCUUUAGUUCCCUGCUCCCAGUGGUCGGGUUCAAUUACUGAAAAGAAAGGGAUUCAUAAUAAUAUUAAAUUCAUAACUAAAAGCAAAUAACCAUCCUGUACCUGUGUGAUUUACCCAUGAUGCUUUGUUUCAGUCAUUCACAGCCACCUGUUGUGUUUGAGGCUGAUUUGAUGUCAUCGUUAUUUUGAAACUUGAAAAACACAAAUGACAUUUGAAUACCCUUUAAUAAACACACUUUAAGAACAGA